AUGAAACAACAAUUUGAUCUUGUAGAAGAAUGCAAUUUGAAGUUGAUUGCAAAAAGGUAUCUGCUCGUCCAAAAGAUCGGCUCGGGGUCCUUCGGUGAAAUCUACAUUGCAAUUGAUGUGCGGAAAGCGAAAGAAGUGGCAAUAAAAGUUGAGAAAGCGGAACUUCGACACCCACAACUCCCCCAUGAAGCUCGACUCUACAAGCGGCUCAAGGGUGGCCCAGCAGUCCCAAAGAUGAAAUGG